AAACUCAGAUGAGUGUGACAUCUCAACACUCAACCACGUCCCAACGACCUGUGUGAGCACACAGCCUCUGUGUGUGUUUGGUGAUAACCUUUAAUCUUUAAAACGAUCACUUGAAGUAAAUAAUCAAUCUUAUGUUGGUUUUACAAUAGUACCGAGUGAAUAUAAUGUGCAGAUUCACGGAUAUGUUGUGCAAAAAAGUGUUCAUUUUUUUUGUGUGUGCUGUGGCGUUAACUUAUGCACAACAAUGCAACAACAACGUGAGGUGCAUAAACCUGGAUCAGUGUCCCGGCUUGUACACAGAACUGCAACAGCAUCCCGAUAACAAUUAUCUACAUAAUUUAUUAAAACAAUUGCACUGCGGAUUUGCUGGAAUCACGCCGAUGAUUUGUUGCCCGCAAGAGUUUAUGUACAACACGCAAACAUCGAACCGCGGUGGUGAUGUCGGGGUCAGAUCUCCCGCAGACCUCCUCCCGGACCUCAAGACAUGCGGCGUUAUGAACAACGACCGGAUAUUCGGCGGCAACCUCACAGAGAUCGACGAGCACCCGUGGAUGGCAUUGGUCAAAUACAAAAAGUUGGUGGGGAGUGGCUUCUACUGCGGAGGAGUGCUGAUCUCGUCCAGAUACGUGCUGACCGCGGCCCAUUGUGUAAAGGGGUCAGACCUUCCGGAGUCUUGGAAAGUUUCAGAGGUCCGGCUCGGAGAAUGGGACACAUCCAGCGACAUCGACUGCGCGCGGCCCGACGACUGCGCGCCGCGCCCGCUCGACGUGCCGGUGGAGGAGAUCAUAGCGCACGAACAAUACGUGCCUACCGACAACCACCAGCAGAAUGACAUCGCGCUGCUGAGGCUGGCCUACGACGUGCCUUUCAAUGACUUUGUGAAGCCGAUAUGUCUACCUGUUGCCCCAUCUUUGCGAAGGCAGACAUUCGAGGGGGCAGACAUGGAGGUGGCCGGAUGGGGAAAAACGGAAACAAAAUCAUCGUCAGACGUCAAAUUGAAGGUCGUGGUGCCAGUCGUCAGUAAAAGCGAUUGUCAGACAGUGUACCGGAGGGCCGGACGUGUCAUAUCAGAGAACCAGAUGUGUGCGGGGGGCCUGGCGGGACAAGACUCCUGCAGGGGAGACUCUGGGGGGUCUCUGAUGGGGCAGGUCUCUGCCAUGAACUGGAUGGCCAUCGGCGUGGUAUCUUACGGACCCUCGCCAUGCGGGACCCCUGGGUGGCCCGGGGUGUAUACUAGAGUCACUGCUUACAUGGACUGGAUACUUUCUAAGCUGAGGCCUUAAUUUUGUAUUGUAAUUUUAUAAAUAUUUGUAACAAGGCAGUAGAUGUUUCACAUGAAAUUAAAGAGAUGUCGCUAUCACUGUCGAUUGCUUCUUGGCUUUGAAGUGCCGAGUGCGGGAACACUGUGCCAUGUUCUAGUCAUCAUCAGCCCACCAACCCGCAUCGGAGCAGCGUGGUGGGUCUAAGCUCCAUAUUCCCUCUCCUGUAAAGAGAUCUGACCCUGUAGUCAUGAUCAUCAGGCCUCUUACAUGGACUUUCAAAACAGUGUCUGUCAGCAUCCAGCUUGAUGUCCUCAGUCCACCUAGUGGUGGGUGACCAACACUUUUCGGUGCCAGGGACUGCAAUGUCCAUUGUUUUUUCGAACUAUGUGGCCUGCCCAUUACCACUAUAGCUUCGCGACUCGCUGGGCUGUGUCAGCCUAUUUCAAAUGAUAAUGAUGAUGAUGAUGAUGAUGAUGAUGAUGAUGAUGAUGAUAAUUAUGAUUAAGUAUGUCAUUUAAUAGAUAACAACAUUUUCAUGCCAUUUCUAUUGCCUUGUUAUCUUAUAAGAUCUUAUAAUAAAUUUAGAUUGAAGUAUGUA